GAGCUGAGCAGUUCAGUAUAAAACCUUUGUCAUUGUGUAAUUGUGUUACUGUCUGUUCAGUUUGCCAGAAUCGGAACCAUGCAGGCUGCUUUGGUGCUUACAAUCAUCUUGAGUGCACUGCUCAGUGCCCUCGCUCAGAAACCCCACCACUGCAAGUCACCACCAUACCUCCAGGGAAAGUUAGCUGUAAACUUUCCUGAGGGGAAGACGAUGGUGUAUGAGCAGUUCUACUACGACGCUGUGGAAGAGAGGAUUCGUGUUGUUGCCACUGGGAAGGAAGGCGGGCAUGACGUAUUCGUGGAUCGACUUCUGCUUUUCAGAGAAAAGGUUUACUUUGACAUCAUUUACCACAACAAAAGCUGUAUUAAGAAUUCUUUCGAGGCUGCCUUCGUUCCCAUUGCGAUUCCUCUUGAUGCCCAGCACAUGGCUCAGGUUGUCUUGGGAAGCCUGUCUGCUCCUGCACAGGGCCUGCUGGUCAACAGCUGGGUGGGAUCAGAUGCUGAGCUAAAAGCAAACUACUCCCUGACCUUUACAGAGUUCGGCUGCAUUCCCGUCGUCACCAUCUAUCACAUCGAUGGACUGGGUCAUUUUCUGUCAAGACCACAGGUUCCCAACCCUGGUCCUGGAGUCCAAGCUGUCUGGCAACUUCCUGAGUUAAAGUGGGCAUGCUGGGAGCAGGGAGAAGACUACGACUAUUUAAGAUAAAUCAUCAAACUCCUGUGCAGCCAACACCGGUAGUGACAGUCAGCUGAAAAACUCGUGAGAGUUCAUUACAAAGAUUAACAUGACACCGAAGGCACUCUUGAAAAUUUUCACCAAAAGCCGAAUUGAGACGAAUUUCACCUGUUUAGAGUGCUAUAACUUGGCUCUCAAACAGUUAAGAAAAGUCAGACCUUAGUAUUGCUAGCUCCACCGGCCACCAUAGAUUCUGGGGCAUUCUUUAUGUACUUACGUGGGAAUGGGUGGUGGGAUUAUGGAGUUUAAAACAAUGCUCCAGUGUUGUACUUCAGCCAUUUAACCAGUAGAGCUCCAGUCUUAACUAAUAUACCUUUAAUAUAAUAAAAACUUUUUGUCCAUGUUAUGCACAGACUAAUAGGACAUCAUGUUCAAUAUAUGAUGGUAAUCCUACAAUAUUUAUAUCUAUAAAGACUCUGGAACUAAUAUAUUUGCA